AAAACUUCUGACUGGUACUGUAUGUGAAAUGGAAAUGUAUGAUUUAUGAUUUGGCACAUUUGUAAUACGCAAAAGCAGUUCAUUUUCCUCUUCCCUCCGCUGGCUUCUAGCUACUGUGUGAAGACGUUCACGGGCCACAGGGAGUGGGUGCGCAUGGUGCGGCCCAACCAGGACGGCACGCUGAUUGCCAGCUGCUCCAACGACCAGACGGUGCGCGUGUGGGUGGUGGCCACCAAAGAGUGCAAGGCGGAGCUGCGGGAGCACGAGCACGUGGUGGAGUGCAUCUCCUGGGCGCCGGAGAGCGCACACCCCACCAUCCUGGAGGCCACUGGCUCAGAGAACAAGAAGAGUGGCAAGCCUGGGCCAUUCCUGCUGUCUGGCUCCAGAGACAAGACUAUCAAGAUGUGGGAUGUCAGUACGGGCAUGUGCCUUAUGACACUGGUUGGCCAUGAUAACUGGGUGCGCGGCCUCAUGUUCCACCCCGGCGGGAAGUUCAUCGUGAGCUGUGCCGACGACAAGACGUUGCGCAUCUGGGACUACAAAAACAAGCGCUGCACCAAGACCCUGUCUGCCCAUGAACACUUUGUAACCUCUCUGGAUUUCCAUAAGACGUCUCCCUAUGUGGUGACCGGAAGCGUAGAUCAAACAGUCAAAGUCUGGGAAUGCCGCUGAUCCUAUUGACCACACUCCGCCCCGUUCCCAUCUGCCCGCCCCCUCCAAGUCACUCAUCCUCCAGGAAGCACUCAUCACCGUGGUUACCACACACCCCCCUUUAUCCGAGCUGUCGACAUAACUAGCGUCCUCCUAUGUAAAUUAUUCUGGGUGUAGAACUGAGCUUAUUAAAUGUUAUACACAUGGCACACACACGAGAAGGAAAAAAAAAAAAGUAUUCUUGCAUGGUAAAUCCCAAACUUGUCCACUGUACAUUUGCAUUGCCAUUGUGUAGAAGUAUGGUAGAGUUAAACACAUGACCUGAUGUUCUGAACCCUGGACAAGGAGACACAUCGCAAGAGACGAGUGCAGUCCAGGGACCUGAAACACAGGCCACUACUAAACCAAACUUUUCUGUCUUUUUUUUUGUUCCCCUCUUUUCUCUCAUUUUCCUGCUCUCGCAUGUAUCUCUUGCUGCCGCAGUUCGUACACUGUCAGUGCCUAAGGGAGAGAGACAGAGGAGGAGAGGGACAGAGGUGGAUUUUAAGACAACAUAGUGCAUUUCCCCCCCCCCCUCAACUUAAUCUACCCCGCGUGUUGCCAUUGCUUUGCACAGAGGAACUUGUUUUAAACCUACAUUGAAGUAUAAUGGAAACCCCUGUGUGUUUGUAUUUUAAAUCUCAGGUCAGCCUGGAGUCCUUAACAAGCAGGUGAAUGUGGCUGACAUCCAGUGCAUACUCUUUCCUCUACGUAAAGGCUGAUUUUCUUUCCCAAUCCAGUUAGUCAAGGCGUUUAUAAGUCAUGUCAUGGACUUCCCUGUCAAUCUGUUGCUAGGGGACAACCCUGAUCACAAGUUUGGCAGGGAUCUCAGACCCACGGUUCCACUUCUCCUGUUGUGAGACAGGAACUCCUCGACAUCUCGCCUCCCCUCAAUGAGCACAUGAGAACCAUAUGCAGUUCAGUGGCGUUUAAACAUUAAAAAAAAAAAGUAACUGUUAAACAUUUUCCAAAUGUUGAUUUUGUUUUUGUUUUUUAAAUGAUGAAAGUAUGUUUGACCCCUGCCAUGGCCUCCUGCAGAGGGCAAACUGACCAGUGCUCAGUCCCUUCCUCGUGGCAUGCACUUCUACAGACAACCAGUACUUCCACAUUCACAGUGUCUAGUCCUGAGGUAGUCGGCUCAAGCAACUGCUCCCGCACCCGAAACGCAAGAGAAGCAUUGACAUUUCUGUAGGUGAGCUGGUUCUUUACCAAUGAAAGAGACCUACUCUGCCACCGUAGAUGAGACUGAGAAGUUCACCUGUCCCGGCACUAACAGAUUGGGCCGUUUUCCUGUCUUGUCCCCUCUCCAAACUGCCCAGCAGUGUGUUCCUUCAUUCAAACGCCCACAGGCCUUCUAGACUAGUACAGAAGCUAGUCCACCAGGGGGGUUCUUGAACAGUCAUCACAGUGACUGAGUGUACAAAGACCACUUCACAGAACCAUCUGCUUGACUGGGGAGGGGGGGGGGGGGUUUGGGUGGGAGGGAAUUUGGGUGCUUUCUAGAUUAUUCUCGCUUGCGAAACCAAUCCAUUCUGCUGCUUCUCUGCUUUUGUCAUCUGCCUGUGUAUCUGUACAUGAACCUGUCAGCUGCUGCGCUGGAGUGUGCGUGUGUGUGCAUGCGCGCGUGUGCAUGCGCGCAUCACCCAUCUAAAGAAAGCUUUUGACCUGUUCAGUGGUACGGCUCAAGUGUCGUUGCACUGAAUGAGCUAUCUUGUCAGGCUCUUCUCUCAGCUCGGAGUGUGUGUGUCAUACAGAAGUCUGUGUCGUUUUUUUUCUUCGUUUUUUUUUCUUUUUUAUGUUUCUAUGUUUGUCAGUGUGUCUGCGUGUGUGUUUGUAUGUUUUGCAUUUGUCUAAACUGACAAAAUUGUAACGUCUAGAGAGAAAGCCCACCCAGGUAGAUCAAUAUGUGCAAUAAGUAAUAGGCUGCUCUGUGCGUCUCAAGAGCUCCGUUUUUGUAUGUAUGUAUGACUGUAUGUAAGUAUGUUUGUGCAAGCUAUAUACACGACUAUAGGAAAAGCUCUUCCUUUCUUUCAAGAGGAUUGUGGAAAGAAAUAAGAAGCUGAAAAUGACGGGAAGGAGAAUAGUUUAGGUGAAUAGGGGAGAGGGGUGGCAAAUCAUCUCCGACACACUUUUCAGGAGGAGGAAGCAGCUAGAAGCUGAAAGGACGUAACCAACCCCGUCGUUCUGUACGUAGAUAACUGUGUGACCUGGCCAGCCUGGGCGUGGUGGCCUGGAGACCGCUGAAAUGUCCAUCUGUCUUUUUCUCUCUGCCUUGUAUACUGAGGGCCGUCUGACUUAACAGGAUUUUACUCUGCUUUUGUGAUCUCACUGUUCACUCAUUCACUCAUAUAUAUAUAUAUAUAUAUAUAAAUAUAUAUACCCACACACACAAACACACCGACUCAAGCACACACAUUCCCUCACUCAGACACACACACACACACACACACACAUGCACACGGUAAAAUUGUGUACCGAUAUAUCUGGAUGUCAUUGUUUGCAACAUAAUUAAAAAUAAUAAAGAUGUGUAAAUACA